AAUUGGGCACAAGCAGCAGGAUUCCUUUGACAAAACAAUCACACGAAAAACACUAAGAGUACAAAUUACCCGAAAUUCUGAACAAGUUUUUUUUACGUUUUUAUAUUUAUAGGGCUAAAGGAUAUGGAUACCAUUUGUAAGUUUUUAAAUACCGAUAUCUGCGAGUUGCUGAGACAGUUGUUAAGCAGUCUGGGCUAUGGAUCGUGCAACAAGGAUACCAGUGGCAGAAAAAAAGAGGGCAACCAACAUGGCAAUUCAAAUGGAAAACAAAAGAUGGAAAAUGGAAAAAAUGAAGACAAUCAGAAGGAAUGCUUCGUGGUUAAUCACGCCAGCUAUACAAUCCGCCACAAGUAUCCGGAUCCCUUGGUCACCUACGAUGGUGAGGCGAUGGGUGAGCCUCGUUUGAUUCGCUUCUCCGAUUUAUGCAACACCAAAGUGGCCUCAAUGUUCAAAGGUUGCCCCAACGAGAAAGGGCAAUGCAAAGAGAAGCGCGGCGAGUGUGAGGUUAAAUGCGAAGAGGAGUCUUCAGAAGCAGAAAGCUGCUCGGAGAAAAUGUGCCAAGAGGACUCAACAGCGGAAUACGAAAGUGCUUACAGUGAAAAUGGCGAAGAAGACUUGUUAUCUGAACAGAAUUGUUCUUUGGUGUCUAAAAGCGAUUGCGAAUCCCAGAUGCAAUGUCCUGUCAUAAAACAGGAAUACUGCGAAAAGCAGUGCCAGACUUCGUCAGCAAAGGUUUGUGACGCACAUUUGGCAAAGAAAUGCAAGCCAGAGCCCUGCCUUGCGCAGGAAAAUAUACUACAUUUGGUGAAAACCCUUUUUCCGAAGGAUCCUUUUACUGAGAGGUGCAAUGGAAAGGAAAAUAAAAGACGAAGUAAGAACCCGUCGUACGAGAAGCAAUGCGAAGCAACUGAGAAAUUGGCCAAAAAGUUGUACAGGAAAUUCGUUGAGAAAAAGUGUGAUGCCACUGAUUCACCUGCCUGGAACUGCCUGACCCCCGCCCAAAAGCUGCGUUUUCAGUGGAAAGCCAUUACGGGUGAUGAGCUGCAGAAGACCCCCUACGACAAUUUUCGUAUUAGUUUCAUGAAGAGCUUCUGCCAAAUGAAUCCCCGGGCCUCGGGUCGCCGAUUGAGAAAAGAAUUGCGAACGCACUGGUGUCAACUGGAGCGCUGUCAGCGGUUGCCGUUCGCGCUACAGGCCUUACUGUACUACGUGUCCCAGGGCUGUGUGGACCCAGAAGAUCACUGUGCUGUGCGUGAACUUUUUAGCAGAUUGCGUUAGGCCGAAGGCGUUCCAUUUGCAUUUCCAUUUUUUCGAUUUCCCAUUUUAUACGAACCAGAUGUUGUGGCCAAUCUAUUUUCGUGCGAAAAACUCAAAAUCUGCAGCCCCACUCUACCCCUUCUGGAAGCCCACGGUGCUGGAUGCUCUUGAACCAGAUUCGCUGUGAAUAAUGGAUCCUAUACUUUUCGCCAAGGUCGUUCUUGACAUGGCAUUGCCACUCGAUUAACAAUUAACGCGGCAGCAGCGUUCAGCAUUCAAGGUCGCGCAGAAUUAAGACAACAAAACGAGUACCACACCACCCAGCAUCCCGAUAGAUGUGUAGUAGGAGGAGGCCAAAUCAAUUUCCCAUGCGCAUAUAUUAGCCAUAAAAAUUUGUUGUACUCCAAACAGAAACAAAUAAAACAAACGAGAGGCAAACUUUUUAAAAUGUAAUUUCGAUGCCCGGCAAAUAAAUAAAAUAGAAUUGUGGCAAAUCGAAAGUGAGCCAAGGAGCCAGGGAAAAUCAAAGUC